UUAGACAUGAAAUAUCGAACAUCAAGUGCAUAUGAGCUAUAGACUAUAUAAAUUCACGCGAUACCUUUACAUGCGUAUGCAGUGAAUAGUGAUCAUCUGACCACCGGAAAGAAAAAUCAAACAAGUUUUAUAUUAUACUGCAGUCAAGAGUCAAUAGAACCAAAUAGUUAAGAAUGUCUUUAAUUUUCAAUAAAAAGUUCAAGCUAGAAUCCAGCGAUAAUUUUGACGAAUACUGUAAAGCUCUGGGCGUCAUAUCAGUGAUGCGCUCGAUGGCCAAGGUCAUGUCCCCGGUGGUGGAACUCACCAAAAAACAGGACGGUAAAUACGUGUUGACGUGCAACACGAUGAUCAGAAAUACGUUGAUCGAGUUCAACCUUGGCGAAGAAUUUGACGAAGAGACAUUAGACGCCCAUAAAGUGAGGUCGAUCAUCACCCAAGAAGGCAACAAGUUGGUGCACAUCCAAAAAAGAUGUGGCGACAGGAAAGAGACAACGAUAAUCAGAGAAUUUGAACCCGAUCAAAUGAAAAUGACGUUGACCGCUGAUCAAGUUACAUGCACAAGGAUUUUCAAACCAGUCAAAUAAACACAGCAACACAAAGUUGAACGUAUUACUUUUAUAGUACCCAUCUUUAUAUAAUAUUGUAAUUGUAUACUAUUCAGAUUUCAGAUAUUUUUCCACCAAUCUGAAAUUGGUCUACUCUAAUACAAAAAAUUUAAAUACCUA